ACAGCUGGAGACGUCUUGCGACGGUUGGUCCCCGCUCUGCGGCGGGUCGCUGGCUGGCUUUGUCUUCCUGCGGGCUCCAGCUCCGCCCCGCUCAAGGUUCAGCCCCGCUUGUGCUCCACAGCCUAGGCUAGGGAAAUGACCGUUUGGAUCUCGGCCUCCCGAGGAUAAGGUCUCCUUCGUACUUCUCUGAAGCAGGAAGUCAUUAUGUGACUAACACAUUUUCAUCAGAUUUCCUCUGAUUUACCCUGACUUGUAUGAGAAUGAUGUGCACUGCCAAAAAAUGUGGAAUUCGAUUCCAACCUCCAGCUAUUAUCUUAAUCUACGAGAAUGAAAUCAAGGGGAAAAGUCGCCAGCGGAUCAUGCCAGUCCGUAAUUUUUCCAAGUUUUCAGAUUGCAGCAGAGCUGCUGAACAAUUGAAAAAUAAUCCACGACACAAGAGUUACCUGGAACAAGUAUCUUUAAGGCAACUAGGAAAAUUAUUCAGUGUUUUACGAGGUUACUUAUGGGGGCAAAGUUUGGAAGAAACGAUCCAGCAAAUUCAAGAGGAAACAAUCAUUGACCCCGAGGAAGACAUGAACAAACUUGAUGAUAAGGAACUUGCCAAACGGAAGAGUAUCAUGGAUGAACUUUUUGAGAAAAAUCAGAAGAAGAAAGAUGAUCCAAACUUUGUUUAUGACAUUGAGGUUGAGUUCCCACAAGAUGAACAGUUGCAGUCCUGUGGCUGGGACACAGAGUCAGCAGAUGAGUCCUGA